AUUUGCCACAAGCGUGCCACGAUGCCGUCGAGCGAUCACCUUCCCGAAGAGUCCUCCCCGCUUCUCCGAAGGUUCAAAUCCGUGCAGGUGUCGUCGUCAUGGCUGUUCUGGCGCCCGUCGGCUCCUGGGCAUCGCUUUUUUCUGCUUGUGCUUAUCUGUUUGAUUCCAUUUGGCGGUCACUUUGUCAAGAAUGAAAUGAGUUCGUUGGAGCCCUUCAUGUUGGACGACCCCACGUUUCCCAUCUCCAACACUAUGUACGGCGCGCUCAACUCGGCCGUGUCGAUCCCCAAUAUGAUCGUUCCGUUCUUGGGCGGUCACCUCCUCGACAACCAAGGCCACAAGAGCAUCCUGUACUUCCUCCUGCUCAUGUGCAUCGGUCAAGCCAUCUUCACCUACGCCAUGGACGCGCACAAGUUUUGGCUCGCCCUAGUUGGCCGAGUCGUGUUUGGGCUAGGCGAAGGCAGCGUCGUGGCCGGCGCCCGAGCCAUCCUGUCGUACUGGUUUGACCGUUCUGAACUCACGUUUGCCAUGGGCGUCAUGAUUGCGACUUCGAACGCGUCGAAGAUGCUGGCCAAAGCUACGGUUGCCCCAUUGGCCCUGCACUUUGGCAGCUACGUGUAUGGGCUCUCGUACGGAUUGGUUGUAUGUGUGGUGUCGUCCCUGUUUGCGCUGCUGCUGGUGAAAUGCACUCGGGCGUUGCGUGUGAUUCGGCACUCGGUUCGAGCUCAGCGUGGCGCCUCGACGGACCUGUCGACUCUUGUGGACCCCAAGCUGGCGUGGUUGACAGCAUAUUGCAACAGCAGCAGCCACCACCACCACCACGACCACCAGCCUCCUCAUCAUCAUCCGUCCAACACGACAAAAGGAUCCAAGCACAACGCUGGCGUGCUGCAGCCAGUCCAAGCGUCUACUGCCGGUGGCUUUUCCAUUGUGUUUUGGCUCGUGGUGGUUCUGCACGUGGUCUUUAUCAACGCAUUUCACUUGUUUCAAAACAUCUCGAGCAGCUAUCUUACCCAAGUGCACGGGUACUCUGUCGUGGACGCAGGGUACGCCAGCUCCCUCGCGCACACGUUCGUGCUCGUAUCGCCGUUUGUGGGGCUGAUCAUCGACUACGUCGGGGGGCGAAUGGUCGUGGUGGUCGCGUCGUGCUUUCUCGGCGUCGUCUCGUACACCCUGCUGGUGUUCACGACGUGGCCCCCCAUCGUAGCGAUGCUGCUCUUCUCGGUAUGUCUGGCUGCCACCCCCACCAUCCUCAUGGCCAGCAUCCCGCUUUCAAUCGACAAAAGUCGGUUUGGGUUGGCGUUCGGCAUCGUCGAAGUGAUCGACGGCGUCGGUGCCUUCCUCGGCAACGUCGGCCUGGGCUACCUCCGCGAUAUGUCUGGCUCGUACGAUGCGGUCAUGUACUUUUUACUGGCGCUGACGUCGUUUGGGUUGGGACUAAGUCUGGUGCUGGCGUGGGUGGACAACCUCUACGGCGGCAACCUCUCGUCCGCGACAGUCAACAUCCCCCUUGUCGCCCCCAACACCCCCCCAGGCAUCGUCUCGCCGCUCAGUGGCUCCGACAGCGACAGAAUAGCCAAGUCCUCUCGCAUAUAUUUAUAAUAUGACCAAGCUAUGAUCAUAGCAAUAUACGGCUUGACUAUGAAGUGCCACACUUCCAUCA